ACUUGUUAUGGGUGCCUCAGUCUCGGCUCGCCUGGGCUCUAGGCAAUAUCGUUUACGUUCAAGAAUUGCGGUAAGCUCUAUACCAGGGAGCCCCGGGAAACGGUCUAAAGAUAGAAAAGAGGAAAUUACGGGAGGGAUAAGGAUAACUCUAUUUCAACAUAAAACAACACAAAAAAAGAAAAACAAGGACACAAUAAAUAGUCCGAGUUGAACGAGCUAAAUUUUUUUCUGUGCAGUGCAAAAGAAAAAAAGAGACAACACGAGAAAGGAUUAUUUAUUUAAUAAAACAAACAGAGAUAGAUAGAUAGAUAGAUAGAUAGAUAGAUAGAAAUAAAAUAUGAUUGGUGAAUUGUUCGUAAGAUUAUUUUGUGUGAUAAAUUGUGAAGAAAUAUAAUAAAUAAAUAAAUAAAUAAAUAAUAUAUUAUAUCAAUGGACAAGACGAGAUUCAUAUCAGAGAACGAUAUUGAAUGUUGAACAAAAAGAUGAUGAUCAGAAUUAAAGGAUAAUUUUGAUUCUUCUAUCGGUGUUCUAUAUAGGUCUUUUUUUUUUUUUAAAUUCGUCUAUAUACACUUAGACUGUUUCCUUUUUUUUUUUUUUUUUAAUUCUAUUUUCACAUAUUCUCUUUAUGUCUACUUGUGCGGUGUUAUGAUGAGCAGAAGGAAGAGAUAUCAUUUAUAACGGAGAGCUAGCGUCAGGUGCUCUCGAUUGGCUGGCUCGAUAUCAACGAAGAUAGGAAGAGAGGACAGGAAUCGAUUUACAAAAGAGAAAGAGAGAUAUAUAUAUACAUAUACACAUAUAUAUAUACAUAGAACGAAUUAGCGAGAAAAAUGGAAAAGAAAAUAAUAGGAACAAUCGUAUCUGAAGAAAUGAUCGUUCGAUGAGGACGUUUGGUAAUCUCGAGAAACACGUUAAAAACGAACGAAAGAGAGGAAGAGAGAGAGAGAGAGAGAGAGAAAAAGAGAGAAAGAGGGAGAGAGAGAGAGAAAGAGUGAAAGGUUUCUCCCGCCGAUACUCGACCUCCUGUCAAUAUCAUCAUCCUCCUUCCCUAUACUCGAGAGCAACCACCACUUGUACUUUCUUUACCCCUCCAACAAGUUCGAAUUCCUCUAAUUCAAAAUGAACAUUACCGAUCCUGACGUAUCAUAAGUGACGUGUUUCUUUCUCAAUUGGUUUUCAUCGUCGCCUUUGGAUUUAUUUUCGAUCAUCUUUCAAAAAUCAUAUUGAUUAUUGCUAAAGAAAAAAAAAGAUAAGACAACAACCAACCAACAGAAACGAGCUCAACGAGCAUCGUAUUAUCUCCUUGUGUGUGUGUUUUCUUUUUCUUUCCCCCAUUUCUUUUAUUUUUUUUUUUUUUAUUUAUUUCUUUUUUUUAAAUUCUCUUUUUUUUCCACCCGAAUUCGAAGAUUUGCGAUGAAAUCGGUGGAAACUUAGCGACGAGUCACGGACGUGUAUCCAAUCGGUGUGUCAGAAUUUCAAACGACACGUGUGUUGCGUGUUUAAGAAGAAGAAGAAGAAGAGGAGGAGAAUAAGAAGAAACAGUGAAAAAGAAAAAGUAAAGAAGGUAAAGAAGAACAUUUAGUAGAUUUUUGUCGGAAUCGCGUUAUCGCGUACGCGUGUGCGAUGAAAUGAGUUAAAAAAAAAAAGAAAAAGAAAAGGGGAAGGUUUUACCUGCCGAUUAAAAUGACGAUCGUCGCGAUUUAUGUCGAUCGUAUGACGAUCAGUCGUCAUCGAUGACGACGAAUCCAUGAAAAUUCAAUAAUAUUUCUACAGGAUUGACACACUUUUUCGAAUCGAACUUUACGCGUUUGCUCUAUAAACUGGACCAUUAAUAAUUGACUUAAAAAAAAAGAAGGAAAAGAAAAAAAAGCAUAAGCAUUUGUUUAAAAAGUAAAACAUACGCCCCGUAGGAAGGUGGAACGUUUAAAGUUACGUAAUGUUAUCGAUUUAUAACAAACAAGUGGAAAGAUACGAGCGUUCGCGAUCGAUGAUCCACCACGAUCGUGGAUUUGUUCGAUCGCCAUUUUGAAUCUUGUUAGAAGAUUCAAAUUUUAUCACGCGUUUACGUUUGUUCUCGCAAAGUGUGUAAAAAUUUAACAAAAACAAUAAGAAGAAUAAAAUAAAAAAAUUAAUUAUUAAUCGAGGACACUCGUAAGGGAGAGAUAGGAUCGGUGAUAAUAAUUACGUAUUAAAUUAAUUUCUUUGGAAAGAAAAAAAUGGGCUGCGAACUUAGCAAACUUACAGCCACGAAAUCGCGAAAUCAAAGUGAUCGCGAAGCUUCGCCACCACCACCACCACAAACUACUGUAGAUCCGAGACUUCCUUUGACAGCUAGGCAAAAAUUUACGGUUAUGGCUAGUUGGAGGGCCGUAGGGAGAGCCCUGGAAUCUACCGGUGUCUACAUGUUCAUAAGAUUAUUCGAGGAAAAUACAGAUCUAUUGGAUCUCUUCACUAAAUUUCGUGAUAUGAGAACGAAGGAACAACAAUCGUCGAGCAUGGAAUUGGCCGAACAUGCAAAAACGGUCAUGAUGACUCUCGAUGAAGGAAUUAAGUGUUUAGACGACAUGGAUACAUUUCUGACGUACCUGCAUGAGGUUGGUGCAUCGCACACUAAAAUUCCGGGCUUCGAUCGACAAUAUUUUUGGAAAAUCGAGAAGCCCUUCCUAGAUGCAGUGGAACGAACGUUGGAAGAACGUUAUUCGGAGAAUGUUAAAAACAUCUACAAGUUGACGAUCAAGUUCAUCAUCGAAACGCUUAUAGAUGGCUUUGACGAAGCACAAAGCGAAAAGGCCAAGUCCUAGUCGUAUUCAUUUGAUGAGAAUCGACAUCCUUAAAAGCGUCCUUUCUUUCUCUCUCUCUCUCUCUCUCUCCAUCUCUCUCUCUCUUUCUCUCUUUCUCUUUUUCUCUCUUUCUAUCUCGUUCUAUCUCACGCACCCGAUGUAUUCGAAUAUACGUUUCAAAUAAACGCAAACAUACACACACACACAAUCACACACGUUACUCGGCAUAUAUAGACAAUACGUAAUCGAGGAAAAAGUUUCAUAGAAAAGGGGGAUUUACUCGUAUUACGUAUUACGUAUUUUUGCGAUCGAUCCGAUCGUCUCGUCAAAAAAAAAAAAAAGAAAUUAAAAA